AUAUCAAAAUAUUUAAAUCAAUAAGAAAUUACUUGAGAACCCAUCAAGAAAAAAGAAUCAUUUUAUAAAAUAAAUUUUGAUUAAAGUAAAUCUAAGUAAAAAGUAUGUAUAAUUCAAUACAAAUAAAUAAAUAAUAAAUCUCAAAAAUAAUAUCACUGAUUCAUUAUUUUUACUAAUUUAUCAAAAUCAUAACAUAAAAUAGAACCGUAGGUACUUAUUUAGCGGGUAUGAAACAUUUUCAAUUAGCAUGUGAACAACAAAUCGUGACUUUGGUCCAUAUACUUGAGCGCUUGUAUUCUUACUGCCGCACUCAGAGACAUUUAAUGAUUACUUAAAUCAUCCAACGACUGGGUUAAUUUUACCCAUCAUUAAAUGAACGAUUACAGCGGUAAGUCUUAAUUUUUUAGCAUUCAUGAUUCUUGAAAUAAGGAACGAAACGCGAUGCUGAUUAGAUACUAAUUAACAGAAGACUUCCGCUAAUUAAAAAAAAAGUAUACACCAGCUCAUUAUAAGCUAUCAGGCUCACAAAUUAGGUACUUCCAUUUUCAACUUUAUUACAAUAGCAUAAGAUUGAAAAUUUAUUGAAGAAUUUUGACAAAUUGAAGUAUUUUAAAGAUCGCGUCUAUAUGUUCAGAUUGCAUACAGGUAUAUAAAAAAACUAAUGCAUAGGAGUAAAUACAAUAUCUUGCAGUAAUUAUGUACAUUUUCAAAGUUUACCUAAAUCCAGGUUGCUAUGGUAACGCGGGGGGCGUGGUCACGUGUGUCUGCUUGGCUUGCACGCGGUGACCUUGAGCGAGCUCGCCUGCCAUUAGCGCUUUAUACUUGAGGAACGCAUCUCCUCCGUACAACACCAUCGCUAGGUAGCCGAAGAACCCAGCAGCGGAGUACGCAGCCGCUCCAAACGCCACGACAAUAGUGGACGCAAUCAGGUACAGGAACACCAUCACGAUAUAGGCAAUCAUCUCAAUUUUCAGCCACUUGAUGUUGUGGUACUUCUCCACCACGUGGAACAGGUACAGCCCCAGCAGGAUGCCGGAGAACCAGAGGCCCAGGUGGGCUACUAUAUUGAAGUACACUCCACGACCAUUUGACCAGAAUGCGGAUGACUGGAUGCAGAUGAAUCCGAUCAAGUUGAACAACACAACAACAGCUUUAAGUAUCCCUGGUAAAGUCUUCAGAUACGAGGGGUCGAAUCGCAACUCCGUGAUGAAUACAGUGUUUGUGGACCCCAUGGUUUGGGGCGGUGGUGGAGGCAGCUGGUUAGGAUACGCCAUGAUACACACUCAAAUGUACUAUGCCGAGCAGUAGGGAGCUUGAUUAUUAUCAACACAGAACACUAGCACAGCGGAGAGAAUCACGUAAACUGAAACACCCACAUCGCGAUAACCGAGAGCCGACAGCCGAGGAUGCUCUGUAACUUUAGUCACCGUCGCCUUGACACUAUAUUCCUAACCGAUAUCGAGCCGUGUAAAACAUCAGUGAGUCAUAUUUUUAAAUAACACCAUCUAAGCAUACAGCGGUAACACAUAACUUCGCGGGUGUUAUUUGUUUAUUCAUACGAAACGACGUUGUAAGUUAUCACUACAGUAUAAUUACUAUUGUAAAAAAGAUAUUACAAAAUACAAGAGAUUGUUGACAGUGAAAUAAUAUUAUGUUUUAUUUGAGAUUUAAUACACAAUAAAUAAACUGUAAACCGUAAAAAUAAUCUGACAAGAUUUACUGUUGUUCUUGUUAACAGUGAACUAGUGUCGUGCGUACAUUUUCAUUAUCUAAUUAAUCUUUGAAUUGAAUAAUCAAACUCGAUUUAAUUCUUGCAUUAGGUAAUGAUAUAAUGAAUUUAUUAUUACAAUUAAAGUAUCAAUCUG